AUGGCCAUCUUAAUAUACUUUCUUCUUGUCUUCAUCAUCCCUCAUAUAACUGAUUCACUCAGUUUUGAUUUUCCAAAUAUCAGUCCACAAAAUCAGAACACUGAUAUAGUUACUACGGGUGAUGCUUUUGUUACCACCGACGGUAUGCAAUUGAUUCCUUACAAAAACGAAUCAGGAGGCCGGGGGAUUUACUACAAAUCGCUUCAUAUAUGGGACAAAACCUCUGGUGAGCUAGCUAGCUUUUCUACCAAUUUCUCAUUCGUAAUCGAGUCAGCUACAGUUAAUGAAAUUUAUGCCUAUGGCCUCACAUUUUUCCUUGCUAAGAAUAACUCGGUGACAACAAAGUUUGAUACUUUCUGGAACAAACCAUGGGAUCCAAUAGAGAUUUCACCAAAUCGUCAUGUAGGCAUUAAUGUUAACUCUCUUAAUUCUUCCGUGUUUAAGAAAUGGUCGAUCAAUAUAACAAAAGGAGCACACUGUCGAGCUAGCGUUACGUAUAACUCUGUGUCGGAAAACUUUAGUGUUUAUGUCGUCACUAACGAUGUAAAUGGUGUAAUUGACCUUAAUUACAUCAUUGAUCUAAGGAAGGUAUUACCUGAAUGGGUUAUUUUUGGGUUUUCAGCAACAGGCGGCCAGCAUUAUUUUGAGAAAAUUACAGUUUUAUCAUGGAGUUUCAGUAGUUCAAAUCUACAGGUAGACGAACAAACGGAGUCACCACGAUCCCCACCCCAAGCCCCGAAAAAAAGGGCAGGUCAUAAGGUGGGAUUAAUAGCUGGAUUAGUUGUUGUACCUUCUUUUUUGGCUAUCCUUGUUUUUUGUUAUAUAUGGAGGAAGAUUAGAUACAGAAUAACUGAAAAGAGAAAUCAUAAGAAGUUGACCAAAGACUUAAAAAAGGGAACUGGACCAAAAGAAUUUUCUUACAGAGAUAUUGAUCUGGCAACUGAUAGUUUUGCAAGUAAGAACAAGCUUGGAGAGGGAGGUUUCGGACAGGUUUAUAAAGGUGUUUUGAAAGAUGCAGAAACAUAUAUUGCGGUCAAAAGGGUGUCCGAGACUUCUCAACAGGGGAUCAAGGAGUAUACUGCAGAAGUUGAAAUAAUCAGCCAACUGAGGCACAAAAAUCUGGUGGAACUCAAGGGCUGGUGUCAUGAGAAAAGCAAGCUCCUGCUUAUUUAUGAGUAUAUGGAAAAUAGGAGCUUAGAUUUACAUCUGUUUAAGCAGGAAAGCAAGGUGACAUGGGACAAGAGAAAAAGAAUUGCAGAUGGCCUGGCCUGUGCUUUGUCAUAUCUUCAUGAAGAAUGCAGGAAUUGUAUUUUGCACAGGGAUAUUAAAUCGAGCAAUGUUAUGUUGGACUCAGAUUUCAAUGCAAAGCUCGGUGAUUUUGGGUUAGCUAAGUUGGUUGACCAUGACAAAAGCUCUGAGAGAACCAAAUUGGCCGGGACAUUGGGUUACAUGGCUCCUGAAUAUGGGGAGACUGGAAAAGCAAGCAAAGAAUCCGAUGUAUAUAGCUUUGGAGUAGUUGCACUUGAAAUAGCUUGUGGGCGAAAAGCCAUCGAGUACGAGGCUCCUGAAAGACCAGAGGCUCCGGAAAGACCAGUGGUAUUAGUAAAAUGGGUUCAGGAUUUCUACGAGACUGGGAAUAUUGAAAAAGCAGCUGAUCCGUCUCUUGGCUCAGACAACAAGGAACAAAUUGAGCGGUUGAUGACUGUUGGGUUAUGGUGUGCACACCCUCUCGCAGACCAACGCCCAUCAAUGAGGCAAGCCAAUCAAGUAUUGAACUAUGAAGCUCCCCUGCCCAAACUGAGUAAACUCCCAUCAAAGAUGUCGGAAAUCACUUCUCACCUUCCUCCAAAUCCUCCAGUAGUUUAUUAUACUAUGCAUUCUGAAAUCAUACCUUCUUCUUCAAGUUCUCGUUCUAGCACGCCAAUUCCCUCAAAGCUCCCUACGUCAGCAGCAACUUCUUCUACAGCUGCGUUGCUCCGUGGUUAA